AUGAGUGGUUUUUAUGAUGUUGAGCUUAAAGUCCGAGAAUAUGAGCUUGAUCGGUAUGGCGUGGUUAACAAUGCUGUCUAUGUAGAUUAUUACCAGCACGCUUUUGAUGAACAUUUAGAAAGCGUCGGCCUGAGUGCUGAUGCAAUUGCCCAAACCGGUGAAGUAAUGGCUUUGUCAGCAUCGUCUCACAAAUUCAUUGCACCUCUAAAGAGUGGAGACAAGUUUGUCAUAAAGUUGCGGAUGACUAACUCCUCAGCCGCUCGCCUGUAUUUUGAGCAAUUCAUUUUCAAGCUGCCAAAUCUAGAGCCUAUAUUCGAAGGAACGGCCACAGUUGUGUGGCUUAAUAAAGACUAUCGCCCUGUCCGUAUUCCAUCGGAGGUGAUAUCUAAAUUUGUCCAGUUUCAUCGCCAUAAGGAGUCUAGCUAACGGUGUUCUCCAAAAAGGAGUUGGUGCGAGGGAAAGUCUUCGUUACUAAACCUACAGUAGGACAAUAAUAUCUCCUUUCCCGCUGGUACGUACCAGGAGAACGGAGGAAGAAGAAAAAAAGAUUUUAUUCGCAGAUUAAUUAAGUAAUUUAGAUUGUUGUUAGUAUUAAAAUAUUAUAGUAAGUACAGGGUUCUUUCCGUUCUUUAGCAUAUAUCUAUGUGAGACAGAUAAUUUCUGUAAUAAAUGUUUCAAUAAAGUUCAUGAUUUUC